AUGGACAAAUAUGAGCCCUAUGAGCCCUCUGAUACCAUGCCCUCUGAAACAAAUCCAACGCACACUCAGUCCUUAGUCCCAGUCCUAGUGAGGGGAGCUUGCGAAGCUGUGCAGAACUACACAGGAGCCCAGCAGUGUCCCCCCUCCCCUCCGUCCCCAUGUUUCGGUGGGCGGCCACAGUACCCGUACCCCCCCAUCCACACCCGUGCUAGCGACCCGCGCUACGCCCCCUACCUGCUGAGCCCGACCGAGGGCGGCUUCCCGGCUCUGGACGUGCCGCCCCAACGCGCAGCGUUCCACUCCGACUGCCUGGUGAUGGCUCCCGGCCUGCUGCCGCCCAGCGCCCCCGGCGCACUCCCUGCCGACCACGUCUCCAGCAGCACGUUUCCCAGGAUGCACUACUCCUCGCAGUACUACAACUCCAUCCCGCGCGAGGACUGCGGCGGCGCCACCGCACUCACGCCCACCGUGGCCCACGCGCCCGCUUCCUUCUCCUCCUCCUCGGCGCCCCAUCACCUCCACCAGCAGCAGCAGUACCAUCACCACCACGCCGUCCUGUCGAGCCACCACAGCAACCCACGCACCACGCGCCUGUCCUCGGGCAUGUCGGACCAACUGGAAAGGCAGAUGAGACCGGUGCAGCGCGAGGGCUUCCACACGCUGCAGUACCAGCGCGGCGCCGGUGCCGGGGAGAGCCCGGGCCGGAUCCGCCACCUGGUGCACUCGGUCCAGAAGCUCUUCACCAAGUCACACUCGCUGGAGGGCUCGGCCAAGGCUAACGGCGGGCGCGGGGACAGCGCAUCAUCAUCGCACCACCAUCAGCAGCACCACCACCACCACUCGGGAUCCACCUCCUCCAGCAAGCGGAGCAAGAGUAGGGAACGGCGACACCGCUCCUCCGGGGACUGGUGGAGCUCCGACGACAACUUGGACAGCGACGGGACGUUCCGCGCGGCAGCGGCGGUGGCGGCACAGCAGCAAAGCAUGAUGGGAUUGAGUAGGCAGCAGGCCGCCGCCAUGGAGCACAUGGCUCAGCACUGCCCCCCGCUGGACUACCCGGGCAGCGGCGGCGCCCACCACUUCGGCCGGCUCUCGCUCAAGACGUCCAAGAGCAGCGGGGACAUCAAGUGCUCGGCCUGCAAAAGCGCGCCGCCGGACGGCAAGUUCCUGAAGAGGAGCUCCUGGUCCACGCUGACGGUCAGCCAGGCCAAGGAAGCGUAUAGGAAGUCAUCGCUCAACCUGGACAAGCCGUCGUCGCUACACCACGCGCACCUGGGACACCACCUGCAUCACUACCUACAGGUCCCGGGGGACUGCGGGGAUUGGCGGGGUUACCGUGACGAGGAGAUCCCGUGCCGGCGCAUGCGGAGCAGCAGCUACGUGAAGGCCAUGGGGGACGAGGAGGGUGCGGUCGAGUCGCCCGACACCAGCCCCAAGAGCUCGCCACCCACGCAACACAGGGCCGCCGUACGGCCCGAUGCCCUCGUACUCAAGCCUGUCACACAGAGACCACACAUAGACACCCACAGCCCAGGCUACCACCUGCAGAGCUCUCGUGACAUGCGCCCCCUUCCCAGUGCCAAUCUGGACCCCACCACCACCUACCAUCCACCCCCUUAUCGCUCCCGAAACCAGAGCUACAUGCGCGCAGUGAGCACACUCAGCCAGGCAAGCUGCGUCAGCCAGGUGAGUGAGACUGAGAUCAAUGGCCAGUUUGAGUCAGUUUGCGAGUCCGUUUUUAGCGAGCUAGAGAGCCAGGCCAUGGGUGCGCUGGACCUGACUGGCUCCUUCCGUACGCGGAGCCACAGUUACCUGCGUGCCAUACAGGCCGGGUACUCCCAAGAGGACGACUGCUUGGCCUCUGUGACAUCCUCCACUGUCACGUCAACGCUCAGAUCCACAACAGGGAUCCAGUUCCGCCUCCCCACAGCAUGCAGUGCCCAAGACCGCACACAGCCUUCACCCUCAGGACUGUCGCAGCCCCCCAGUGCAAAGCCCACCCCCCCUCAGCCGCGCAGCGUGAUGACCCGGCCCAUCAUCUCAGUCACAGCCCAGAGCAGCACAGAGUCCGUGCCGGACGCCCAGCAGGAGGGGGCGGUGCUUACCGCGCCGGAGGGCGGGGCCAGGGGUCUGAGGAGCGCGCUCAGUCACCUGCCGUCGGGCCUGGAAGGCAGCGGCGGCGGCGGCGCCAAGGCCCUGGCCCUUGCCAUGGAAGCAGUGGCGGCCAAGCGGCUAGUGACGUCCGGGAGCCAGGGCUCCAUCCAGACGUGCGAUAAAGCCGUGCUCGUGUCCAAGGCGGAGGAGUAUCUCAAGACGCCACGAUCGUCUGUGGGCAUACAGGUUGAAUCUGCCACUGACUCGGAGACGGAGAGAAGAGGGCUUCCACGGUACCACUCUGUUGGCACCCAAGUGGAGGAUUACAAACGGCAUGCGCGCUUCAAGCGCUCCAACAGCGUGACGACGGCGGUGCAGGCCGACCUGGAGCUUGAGGGGUUCCCCUCCACGGAGGACAAGGGCCUCCAGUUCGGCGGCGGCUUCCACUCGGAGCCCACCACCCCCACCCAGUACGGCGCCCUCCGCACCGUCCGCACCCAGGGCCUCUUCAGCUACCGCGAGGACUACCGGCCCCCCAGCGGGCCCACCACCCCCCACCAGCCCCCCUCCUGGAUGGCCGAAGAGGCGGGGCUGGUGGGCGCGGAGGGUGGGGGCGCCGUCGGCGGCGUGUCGGCCCUCCACCGGGACGGCAACUGGUUCAUGCAGCUGCUGGACAGCGAGAGCCGGCGGCUGGAGGACUGGUGCCGGGACAUGGAGCAGGAGGCGGAGGAACACCAGCUGAGCGAGGACAUCUUAGGCAAGAUCAGGAGUGCGGUGGGCAGUGCACAGCUUCUCAUGUCUCAGAAGUUCCAGCAGUUCUAUUGGCUCUGUCAGCAAAACCUGGACCCGAGUGCUAUGCCCAGACCCACGUCACAGGACCUGGCCGGCUUCUGGGACCUCCUGCAGCUGUCCAUUGAGGACGUGUCGACCAAGUUUCAGGAGCUCCAGCAGAUCAGGGGCAACGAGUGGAAGCCCUUGGAGAGUCCAGAAAAGAAGGAGGGAAAAUGGCCGCCGCCAGUGCCUCGUCGGCCCUCUAGGGGGCGUGGGGCGAUGAUGCGGGAGCGUUCGCUCGACCUGCAGGACCGCCAGCGGGCGGAAGCCAGGCGCCGCCUACUGGCUGCCAAGCGUGCCGCGUCUUUCCGGCAGAGUUCGGUCACAGAGCGUGGCGACAGCAUCGAGAUUUACAUCCCAGAGGCCCAGACUAGGCUCUGACACACAGAUACACACACACAGAAACACACACACACAGACACACACAUGCACAGACUGUCGAAGUGCCAAGUUCGACGAUCAAAGCAUACCCACGCACUUCAGCAUGUAGAGAAAUCACUUGGUAUUUCUUCAUUCAUGGGCUCAUCAAUUAUAUACUAUUUACUAUUGUACACCUCUUGGA